GGCGGAAUCGCGGAUACGCCCUCGGGCGGGCGAGCGCUUCUUAUCCCCUCGGCGCAACGCAGCGUUAGCCCAGCCCAGCCUUGUCUGCGUCUCCUCCUCCUUUCCCCAACCCAGACCAGGAGCGCCCUCCCCCCGCCCCCUCCCCCCAGGAAACCAGCCAUGAAGGGGGCCAAAUCCAAGGGCGCCGCCAAGGCCGACGCCAAGUUGGCGGUGAAGAGCAAGGGGGCGGAGAAGCCGGCCGCCAAGGGGAAGAAGGGCAAGGCCGGCAAGGACCCCAACAAGCCCAAGAGGGCGCCAUCCGCCUUCUUCGUCUUCAUGGGCGAGUUCCGCGAGGAGUUCAAGCAGAAGAACCCCAAGAACAAGUCCGUCGCCGCCGUCGGCAAAGCGGCCGGUGAGAGGUGGAAGAGCUUGAGCGAAUCGGAAAAGGCCCCCUAUGUGGCCAAGGCCAACAAGCUCAAGGGCGAGUACAACAAGGCCAUUGCUGCCUACAACAAGGGCGAGAGCGCUGCUGCUGCUGCCCCAAAGAAGGCUGCGGCCAAGGAGGUAGAGGAGGAAGAUGAGGAGGAAUCUGACAAGUCCAAGUCGGAGAUCAAUGACGACGAUGACGAUGAGGGUAGCGAUGAGGACGAGGACGAUGACGAGUGAAGAAGACGCAUCUUGUCAAGGCUGCUCCGGCGGACAAGUCGGGAGCUGCUGUGCGAGAACGGACCUGAGCAUCUCCACUAGAAUUAUCCCAAGUUUCACUUCACAUCGUGAUGUUGUUUUACCUUUUUUCCUGUCAUUGUCCUGCUAUAACGGAUAGCGCUCCCUGUUGGCGCCGCCGCCGGCGGGGAUGCCCUAGUGGUGGAGGGUGUAUGUCCUCUGCCGCGGGUGCCCCUGCUUGUACCUAGAUGGUUACUCUUUCCGUCCAUUGUCACCGGCUAACAUUGUGAUAAUAUCAGUCUGGGUAAUGUUAGAUUAA